AAUCACAUUCUGCUUUUUCCAGCCCCAGUCACUCCUGGGUUCUUUCCAGCUCUGCAUGGGGUGCGCAGGCAUUUCCUGAGUUAGCGCAGACCGCUCCACGGGGGCUUAGUCACUCCCAUCACCCCCAUGAACCAGAGCGGAGAGCGCAGCCAGCAGUCGGGGGGGAAUAAUAGGCAGGCGGCAGAGCUAUCUGAGUCACAGUGAGGAGAAGCAGCUGGAGCCAGCCGGCCCUCCUCCUCCAUCUCCCUGUCGUCUCUCCGCGGCUCGUGGGCACCCGCCAGGGUUACAGCGCGGCAUCUCCCCCGCACGGCAUCUCCCCCGCACACCCCGCACGGAGGCUUUUGUCUGUCCGUCCUGCUGACAAUGAGUGUUCUUCCCCCAGUGAGGAGAGACCGAAUCGUGGGGGAGCUGCCCCAGUGCUUUACGAAAGAGGCAUGUCUCCAUACCAGGGAUUCCUUCCAUCAUACAGUAAGCAGUGCCUGCAAGCAGCAGCGCACCGGGACUGUGGGCAGAUUUAAGAUCUCCAAGGUCAUUGUGGUCGGUGACCUUUCUGUGGGAAAGACGUGUUUGAUUAACAGGUUUUGCAAAGACACGUUUGAUAAGAAUUACAAAGCAACAAUCGGUGUGGACUUUGAGAUGGAGAGAUUUGAGAUUCUGGGGGUUCCGUUUAGUUUGCAGCUGUGGGAUACAGCGGGGCAGGAGAGAUUUAAGUGCAUAGCUUCUACUUACUACAGAGGCGCCCAAGCCAUAGUGAUCACAUUUGAUCUGUCAGACAUUUCCUCCCUAGAACACAGCAAGCAGUGGCUCCGAGAUGCGUUGAAGGAAAAUGAUCCCUCGUCUGUGCUGCUUUUUCUGGUUGGGUCAAAGAAGGAUCUUUGUUCAUCAUCAGAAUACGCUCUCAUGGAGAAAGACGCGCUUCGGGUCGCUAAGGAGAUGCAGGCUGAAUAUUGGUCUGUGUCCUCGCUAACAGGGGAAAAUGUAAAGGAAUUCUUUUUCCGUAUUGCGUCCUUGACCUUCGAGUCCAGUGUGUUAGCGGAGCUGGAGAAGACGAAUGCCAGAAAGAUUGGAGAAGUUGUUAGAAUAAACAGCAAUGACACCAACUUGUUUCAAAUGUCAAAGAAGAACAAGUCGAAGUGCUGCCAAUGAUGUGUCGAGGUGCUGCCGGACCUGAUAUUUGCACUAAACAGCUGGAGACCAAAACGUUUUACAUAUCCAUA